UCGGCGGCGGCCACCUUCGAGUCGCCGCCCGCCCCGGCGGGGCCGGGUCCCGGAGCCGUCGGGCAUGGAGCCUUGGAAGCAGUGCGCUCAGUGGCUCAUCCACUGCAAAGUGCUGCCGGCUAACCACCGGGUGACCUGGGACUCGGCGCAGGUGUUCGACCUGGCGCAGACCCUCCGCGAUGGAGUCCUGCUCUGCCAGCUGCUCAACAACCUACGGGCACACUCCAUCAACCUAAAAGAAAUCAACCUGAGGCCGCAGAUGUCCCAGUUUCUCUGUCUGAAGAAUAUCCGAACAUUUCUGUCAGCCUGCUGUGAGACAUUUGGAAUGAGGAAAAGUGAACUGUUUGAAGCGUUUGACCUGUUUGAUGUUCGUGACUUUGGAAAGGUUAUAGAAACAUUGUCUCGGUUAUCCCGCACGCCAAUAGCGUUGGCCACAGGAAUCAGGCCCUUUCCUACGGAAGAGAGCAUAAACGAUGAAGACAUCUACAAAGUCCUUCCUGACUUAAUAGAUGAGACCCGCGUGGAGGACGAAGAAGAUCUCUAUGACUGUGUGUACGGCGAGGAUGAAGGCGGCGAGGUCUACGAGGACUUGAUGAAGGCGGAGGAAGCUCAGCAACCUAAAUCACAAGAAAAUGAUAUACGAAGUUGCUGCCUAGCAGAAAUUAAGCAGACGGAAGAAAAAUAUACAGAAACUUUGGAGUCAAUAGAAAAAUAUUUUAUGGCACCAUUGAAAAGAUUCCUGACGUCAGCAGAAUUUGACUCGGUCUUCAUCAAUAUCCCUGACCUUGUGAAAGUUCAUCGGAGCUUAAUGCAAGAGAUUCACGAUUCCAUUGUAAAUAAAGACGACCAGAACUUGUAUCAAGUUUUUAUUAACUACAAGGAAAGAUUGGUUAUUUAUGGACAGUACUGCAGCGGGGUGGAGUCAGCCAUCUCUAACUUAGACUACAUCUCUAAGACGAAAGAAGACGUCAAACUGAAAUUGGAGGAAUGUUCAAAGAGAGCAAAUAACGGGAAGUUUACUCUUCGCGAUUUGCUGGUCGUCCCCAUGCAGCGUGUGCUGAAGUACCACCUCCUCCUUCAGGAGCUGGUCAAACACACCCAUGAUCCUACUGAGAAGGCGAACCUGAAAUUGGCUCUGGAUGCAAUGAAGGACUUGGCACAGUAUGUGAACGAAGUGAAAAGAGACAAUGAGACCCUUCGUGAGAUCAGGCAGUUUCAGCUGUCUAUAGAAAAUCUGAACCAACCAGUUUUGCUCUUUGGGCGACCUCAGGGAGACGGUGAAAUCCGAAUCACCACGCUGGACAAGCAUGCGAAACAAGAAAGGCAUAUCUUCUUAUUCGAUUUGGCAGUGAUUGUGUGUAAGAGGAAAGGGGAUAACUAUGAGAUGAAGGAAAUCAUAGAUCUGCAGCAGUACAAGAUAGCCAACAAUCCUACCACUGACAAAGAAAAUAAAAAGUGGUCUUAUGGCUUCUACCUCAUCCAUACCCAAGGACAAAAUGGGUUAGAAUUUUAUUGCAAAACAAAAGAUUUAAAGAAAAAGUGGCUGGAACAGUUUGAAAUGGCUUUAUCUAACAUAAGGCCAGAUUAUGCAGACUCCAAUUUCCAUGACUUCAAGAUGCACACCUUCACCCGGGUGACGUCCUGCAAAGUCUGUCAGAUGCUCCUGAGGGGAACAUUUUAUCAAGGCUAUUUAUGCGUUAAGUGUGGAGCAAAGGCACACAAAGAAUGUUUGGGAAGAGUAGACAAUUGUGGCAGAGUUAAUUCCAUUGAACAAGGACCAUUCAAACCACCAGAGAAAAGGACCAAUGGACUCCGGCGAGCUCCCAGACAGGUGGACCCAGGUUUGCCAAAGAUGCAAGUCAUUAGGAACUACACUGGGACCCCACCCCCAGCUCUCCACGAAGGACCACCAUUGCAUAUCCAGGCGGGAGACACUGUGGAACUGCUGAGAGGAGAUGCCCACAGUGCAUUCUGGCAGGGACGAAAUUUAGCUUCAGGAGAGGUUGGAUUUUUCCCAAGUGAUGCUGUCAAACCAUCUCCAUGUGUACCUAAACCAGUAGAUUAUUCUUGCCAACCCUGGUAUGCUGGACCAAUGGAAAGAUUGCAGGCAGAGACUGAACUCAUUAACAGGGUGAAUAGUACUUACCUUGUGAGGCACAGGACCAAGGAGUCUGGAGAAUAUGCAAUUAGCAUUAAGUACAAUAAUGAAGCAAAACACAUCAAGAUUUUAACAAGAGAUGGCUUUUUUCACAUUGCAGAAAAUAGAAAAUUUAAAAGCUUAAUGGAACUCGUGGAGUAUUACAAGCACCAUUCUCUCAAAGAAGGGUUCAGGACCUUAGACACCACGCUACAGUUUCCAUACAAGGAACCAGAGCAUUCAGCAGGACAGAGGGGUAAUAGAGCAGGCAACAGCUCCCCUCCUCUGUUCUGUGGCUUUUCUUUUGUAACUCCUCCAGACUACAGCUUUGUUCCCCCUUCUUCCACUCCUUUCUGGUCAGUGCUAAGUCCCAAAGUCCUGGGCAUUGCCAUCGCUCGCUAUGACUUCUGCGCAAGAGACAUGCGGGAACUCUCCUUAUUGAAGGGGGACGUGGUGAAGAUUUACACAAAGAUGAGUGCGAACGGCUGGUGGAGAGGAGAAGUAAAUGGCAGGGUGGGCUGGUUUCCAUCCACGUACGUGGAAGAGGACGAGUGAAAGGCCAGUCAGAGUUGCACCCUGCACCAGCAUCUCACAGAAGAGAUCAACAGAAGCCUGCACUGCAUUAUGAGUUCAGUGGAGUGUUUAGAAAACAGCAUUUCUGGCUGUUCAACACUUCCCUCCUCCUCUUUCUUCUUCUUCUUUUUUUCUCCUAAGUCUUAAUGCUGGGAUAUCUAAAGAUGCUGGUCCUGACAGAUUAAUGGCUUGCCUAGAGCACAGCAAGACGCAGCCUGCCAGUCUGUCAUUGUCGGGGACCGGGGCAAAACCCAAAAGCUUUCCUUUCCCCGAAGAGCCCUGCCAACGCAUCAGAUCAGGGUUCUCUUACUUCACUGGGUCAGGCACCGUGGAUGCCAGCCAUUAGGAAACAUUUCAUGCAUAUGUACUUUGGUCUUAUAGCGUUUGAUGAUACAAAGAAGCAGAAGUUUAAUUUUGCUUUUUCCCCCGGCAUGAAGAAAAAGCCGAGUUCUGCCAUCUGGGAAAGAUCCAGCAUUUCUUGUCUUAAAUUGUUCAACAGGUGACUCAUUGCCUGACAAACACUUUUAUCCCCAGAUGUUACUCACGAUCAAAUGAAAGCAUCGCAUGCUCAGGUUUGCAUCGUAAGUGAUAAAUUACAGAGAGGGGUUUAAUUAUUCAUUUGAUGUCCUGAUUGUAUUUCCACACUUCUUUAUAAAGAAGAAAAAGGAAAGCACAUGAAAGGAAGUGUCUUUGUGUUAGAGCCUCACAACUUUCCUGAUCUCGUAGGGUGUUUUGGAGAUGUCACGUUUGACAAAGGGAUCUUGGCUGGGCAGAUCCUGCUUAGUUGCUGGGAAGCCCAGUGAGGGAGAGGUGUUUACAGAGACAGAUCAAGGGCUGUCACCCAUAGGACGUCAUUGUAUAGCAGCAAUACUAUCAGCACAAAUCUUUUCUUCCUACCCCCUCACCCCUGAAAAUAUCCAGGGCAUAUUUGCUGAUUUCCAUUCUUUUUUUUUUUUAAAUAGUAGCACAAAAAAGCUUUAUUGAGGACUUGGGAAGGAAAGUACAUUGUUUCUGAGACAGAAGGAAAGGUACCAGGGUUCUGGCACCUCUGUUUCCCCUUCUGAAGCUAUUCUAGCUAUGUCUUAAUCAGUAGUAAGAUCCAUUUUGCAGUGUAUUUCUUUCACCAAGCCUUCACUGUGUUCUGUAAGGAGUCUAAACAUCUUCAUCCUGAGAAGUAUGGAGUCCCUAGUUGAGACAGCCUUCCAUGGUGAACUAUUCCUUUCAUAGAAGUAGCUGUGUUCUGAUGAGACUCAGAAAGUGUUUCCGCUUGGAGGAAAAAUAGAGGUAUUUUUAUCUUAGCUGUGAUCUAGAAGCUUCUUGUACCAGAUGUUUUUGGUCACCUCUGACAUAAGAGGGCUGUGACAGCCUGUUCUCUCCCAGCAUGAGUGCCGGAACUUGUUCCAUGGACACAUCUCCCUCCAAGAGACCCCUGGAGGCUAGGACUUCUCAUUUAAAUAGACUCAAGACCUUUACCUCAGAGUUAUGUAAACUGUGAUUGUGUUUUAGAACAACUAAGCCUUUGUAUAUGUGUAAAUGAUCAUGAAAAUGUAUUUCAUAAAAUGUAUGUACAGUCAACUUGUGCUGGCAAGGUCUACAGUUGGACUAGAUUCUUACCCAGAAAGUCUUAUCUGUGUCUCGGGGAUGUUUGGUCUGUUACUGUCAGCAAGUGUUGCUAUGGAGAGGAGAGCUCCCCACAGAUUGAAACGCUCCUGUGUACAGUAUUGUAGCAUGUAUUGUUUAUUUUAGUCAAUAGACUCCCUGCCUCGUGAGUGGUAUGUGGUCUUCCUGUUGCAUUUCAUUGGCCCCAGUGUUUCAUAGCAAAGGACAGGAGAGCCUCUUUCCACGACAUUACCAAUGACAACUUUGUCUACGUUUAGUUCUUUGUAUUGGGAAUUUUAAAUGCUACCAUCUAUGUAGAUUUCUAAUACCAAAGACAGACAUAAAUGUUUUCCACGGACUUUGUCUUGCCUGUCUGUAGCCCUUGUGUAAUAUGGUGGGUUGGAAUGGUAUGUUACUUUGUAAUAUUUUGUAAAUAUGUCAAUAAAAUAGUUACUACUUGCAUUAA